AAUAAUCCGGUUGUCCUCACCUGUGUUCUCCUUCACUACUACUACUACUACUACUACUACUACUACUACUACUACUACUACUACUACUACUACUACUACUACUACUACUACUACUACUACUACUACUACUACUACUACUACUACUACUACUACUACUACUACUACUACUACUACUACUACUACUACUACUACUACUACUACUACUACUACUACUACUACUACUACUACUACUACUACUACUACUACUACUACUACUACUACUACUACUACUACUACUACUACUACUACUACUACUACUACUACUACUACUACUACUACUACUACUACUACUACUACUACUACUACUACUACUACUACUACUACUACUACUACUACUACUACUACUACUACUACUACUACUACUACUACUACUACUACUACUACUACUACUACUACUACUACUACUACUACUACUACUACUACUACUACUACUACUACUACUACUACUACUACUACUACUACUACUACUACUACUACUACUACUACUACUACUACUACUACUACUACUACUACUACUACUACUACUACUACUACUACUACUACUACUACUACUACUACUACUACUACUACUACUACUACUACUACUACUACUACUACUACUACUACUACUACUACUACUACUACUACUACUACUACUACUACUACUACUACUACUACUACUACUACUACUACUACUACUACUACUACUACUACUACUACUACUACUACUACUACUACUACUACUACUACUACUACUACUACUACUACUACUACUACUACUACUACUACUACUACUACUACUACUACUACUACUACUACUACUACUACUACUACUACUACUACUACUACUACUACUACUACUACUACUACUACUACUACUACUACUACUACUACUACUACUACUACUACUACUACUACUACUACUACUACUACUACUACUACUACUACUACUACUACUACUACUACUACUACUACUACUACUACUACUACUACUACUACUACUACUACUACUACUACUACUACUACUACUACUACUACUACUACUACUACUACUACUACUACUACUACUACUACUACUACUACUACUACUACUACUACUACUACUACUACUACUACUACUACUACUACUACUACUACUACUACUACUACUACUACUACUACUACUACUACUACUACUACUACUACUACUACUACUACUACUACUACUACUACUACUACUACUACUACUACUACUACUACUACUACUACUACUACUACUACUACUACUACUACUACUACUACUACUACUACUACUACUACUACUACUACUACUACUACUACUACUACUACUACUACUACUACUACUACUACUACUACUACUACUACUACUACUACUACUACUACUACUACUACUACUACUACUACUACUACUACUACUACUACUACUACUACUACUACUACUACUACUACUACUACUACUACUACUACUACUACUACUACUACUACUACUACUACUACUACUACUACUACUACUACAGUAAUUGAUGUAUUUUUCUUUGGAAAGCGAGAGGCAAUUUAUUUAAAAUUCAUACAUGAAAUGCAUUUUAUAUAA